CGCCUCCUCUUCGACAGAGAAGUUUCCGGAAGAGACGGGAGAAAUGGCGUCGAUCCUCGGCACAGCGAGCGGCGGGAGCAAGGAGGAGCUCCAGAGCGCCAUGGACAAGGCGAAGGAGAUCGCUGCAUCGACCCCCGUUGUCGUGUUCAGCAAGACUUAUUGUGGCUACUGUAAGAGGGUGAAGCAGCUGUUGACGCAGCUCGGGGCGAGUUACAAAGUCGUCGAGCUGGACAAGGAAGGUGAUGGAGCUGCCGUUCAAUCGGCUUUGGCAGAUUGGACAGGGCUGAGAACAGUACCAAACGUGUUCAUUGGGGGAAAUCAUAUCGGCGGUUGCGAUUCGGUCACUGAGAAACACCAGGCAGGUCAACUGGUACCUCUUCUUAGGAGCGCUGGAGCUGUGGACUCCAAAUAAACAUGGUGCUCAUAGUAAGUGCCUUAGAUCGGAA